AGCGUGUUGAUGGGUGGAACGACGCCGUUUCUCAGUAUUUUCUCGGACGACACAGAGAUACUCUCCAGAACCGACUUGAAGAGCUGACUUCAGCACCAUCAUCUGUUCGGACGGGAAGCCUGACCACAACUCGGACCUCGACAAUCAUUCAAGCUCAAAGAUAUGCAUAGUUAGCAGGAAGGUUAUGAGGCGGGAUAGAAAAGUGUGAGAAGGACACGAGCAUGUUCAUGGAGCACAGAAUCACAGCUGGAGAAAACCUGACCUUGCAGUCCAACGACACCCAGUUGACCACCGGCGUUCUGCAGACCUCAUCCGAGAACGCGGAGCAUUAUCUUAUAAACAUAUUAAUAUCUGGAUUUUACACCAUAAUCCUGUUUCCUAUCGGCCUCGUUGGGAACAUCCUGAUCCUUGUGGUCAACCUGCACCAUAAAGGCCGUCUGACGGCCCCGGACCUGUACUUUGUGAACCUGGCAGCGGCGGACCUCAUUCUGGUGGCCGACUCUUUGAUUGAGGUAUUUAAUCUGAAGAAGGGUUACUACGACAACACCGGCCUCUGUACCUUCAUGAAUCUUUUCCAGCAGGUCAACCUCUACAGCAGCGUCUUCUUCUUGACCUGGAUGAGCAUCGACCGCUUCAUUGCGCUAACCUGCGUCAACGGAACAAGCAUGGGGCACGCCCGCCUCAGCUGCUGCUUCAUCUGGGUGUUUUCCUCAGUGCUCACCCUUCUGCCUUUCGCUGUAGCUCAAGUGCAGCAUUCGGGUGAGCUUCACUUCUGCUUUGCUAACGUGAGCCAGAUUCAGUGGCUGGAGGUAACGCUGGGCUUCCUGCUGCCUUUCUGCAUCCUGGGCGUGUGUUACUGGAGGAUAGGGCAGGUGCUGCGGCGCAGCCAGAGAGAGCAAUGCAACCCGCAGCAGAGGCCUCGCAGGCAGAGAGCUCUGCGUAUGAUCUCUGCCGCCGUGUUGGUCUUCUUCAUCUGCUGGCUCCCGGUGAAUGUUUUCAUAAGCAUUCACCUCCUGAAGGGCGACACAGACAGCAGCAGCACGCUGUGGGAGCUUUACCCUCUGACGGGCCACGCCGUCCGGCUCGCAGCCUUUUCCAACAGCUGUCUGAAUCCGCUGAUCUACGGCUUUCUGGGAGAGACUUUCCGGAGAAAGCUGAGGCUGUUUCUUCGGGAGAAGAGCAGAAGCCCCAAGCUUUCCAGGUCUGUUUCAGAAAGAGCCAUGUACGCAACAGUUUCCCCAAACUGUCCCCCUACAACAUGGGACACAUCGAACGACUCCUCUAGUUCCACCUCUGAAAGCCGACACAGACUGUCCUGACACGGAUCAUAGGCUAAAGUCACGCCAUGAGAUUAAUUAAACUUUAACGGACAAUGUGACAGAAAGGGAGCUUGACAGCCGUAAAUACGAAGAAUUAUUUAUUAAUAAUAUAAAACUUAAAGGUUUUCAGAUCAACAUCAGAGCAACAUUUCAUAGAAACAGUGAUUGUAUCCGACUGUGUUCUGCGCAUCAUGAAAGCAGUGAUUACAAACGGGCAUCAGGGAAGCAUAAUAAACUGGACAGUUUCAGUAUUUUGUCUUCUCACCUCAGUAAGCUCUGAGUCGGCGUCUUUUGUCACCUUGUUCUUUUUAUGCUUCUUUUGCUUUUUGUUUGUUUCCUCAUCUGGGUUUGUAACUCGGGGAAUCUGUACUGCAGCUCCCUGAAGAAAAAAAAAAAGAUAUUAUUUUGAAAAUAAAUAUUUA